AUGGUCGCAAAUGAUCCAAAGAAUCCGCCUAGUGUUCCGGAAGGCUGGUUAGCCAAAUUCGAUGAUAAAUAUAAUACAUUUUUCUAUGUAAACCUAGAAACUAAGAAGUCACAAUGGGAACCACCUGAACCUAAGUCUGCCGACGACGUGUUGCCUCCUCCUUAUAGUCCCACAUCAUCCAAUGCUAAACCAAAAGUUCAAAGUCAGGCUUCACCACAAGCUCAACCACAAGCUCAACCACAAGCUAGACAUAAUCCGCAACAAGCAUACCCGCAACAGCAAUAUCCUCCUCAGCAAUAUCCUCAACAAUAUCCACCCCAAGGAUACGGGUAUCCUCCACAACAAUAUGGUUACCCACAACAACAGCAAUACGUACAACAGAGACCACAAGGGUCCCGUUUUGGUGGAAUGGGUGGCUUAGGUAUGGGGCUUGGUGGUGGUAUGCUCGGUGGUAUGCUUUUAGGUAACAUGAUGAACAACAAUGAGAUGGAAGCGUAUCACGAUGGUUACCAAGAUGGAGGUAUGAAUGGUGGUGACGAUUUCGGUGGUGGUGACAUGGGCGGUGACAUGGGUGGUGGUGAUUUCUGA